UCCCACCACAAAUACACACUCUACUUUCAAUCCACUUUAAGUUUAAGUCUUUAACACACAACCAACAAUCAUGCCUACUUGUGAACCAACAAUCAUGUCUCAAAUCAUCUCCAAAACAACCAUCUAUCCAGCCACCCCAUCAACCCUUCCAGACCUCAAACUCUCAACCUCCGAUCUCCCCAUGCUUUCUUGUCACUACAUCCAGAAAGGCAAUCUCUUUCUCCGACCGCCUUUCGCCUUUUCCGACCUUCUCAUUCGCCUCCAACACGCCCUUUCCAACGCCCUCACCCAUUUCCCACCUCUCGCGGGCCGCCUUGUAACCGACUCUAACGGCUACGUCUAUAUCACUUGCAAUGACGCGGGUGCUCACUUCAUCCACGCCAAUGCAACUCAUGUUAAUGUAACGGACAUCAUUUCCCCAAUUCAUGUUCCGGAUUGCGUCAAGGGGUUUUUCGCCUUUGAAAAAAUGGUUAGCUACAACGGGCAUUUUAACCCGUUGUUAGCGGUUCAAGUAACCGAGCUUGCUGAUGGUGUGUUUAUCGGGUUUUCGGUGAAUCACGCGGUUGUUGAUGGAACGUCCUUGUGGAAUUUUAUUAAUACGUUUGCUGAGGUCUGUAGAGAAGUGAAUCCUGUGACAAAACAACCAUCUUUUACCCGUGACUCGGUUUUAAUCUCGGCUGAAGUACUAAAAAUCCCCUCGGGCGGGCCGAAAGUGACGUUUGACGAAUUCGCGCCACUAACCGAGAGGAUUUUUAGCUUCAGUCGAGACUCGAUUUUGAAACUAAAAGAGGCUACGAAUAACCCGAAAAAAACAAAUAUUAAUAGUAACGUUGUUGAAAUAAUGGGGAAACAUUGUCAUGAUCCAGUUAAACUCUCAAGCGAAAAGGUUACAACGGUAAUUGGUAACUGGUUGCGUAACGCUGUGGUUACAAAACCCGAACCGGCACCUGAGAUUUCUUCGUUUCAAUCGCUAUGCGCGUUGCUAUGGCGGGCGGUGACACGAGCCAGAAAGUUUCCAACCUCCAAAACGACAACGUUUAGGAUGGCGGUGAAUUGCCGGCACAGGUUGGAACCAAAGCUGGAAACAUUUUACUUCGGUAACGCGAUUCAGAGUAUUCCGACGUACGCAACUGCGGGCGACGUAUUGUCGCAUGAUCUACGGUGGUGUGCGGAGCAGCUGAACAAAAACGUUUUGUCACACGACGACAUGAUGGUUCGUCGUUUUGUGCGCAACUGGGAACAGGAUCCGCGGUGUUUUCCGUUGGGGAAUUUUGACGGAGCCAUGCUGACGAUGGGGAGCUCGCCGAGGUUUCCGAUGUUUGAUAAUGAUUUUGGGUGGGGGAAACCGGUUGCGGUGAGAAGUGGACGUGCGAAUAAGUUUGAUGGGAAGAUUUCGGCGUUUCCGGGAAGGGCGGGUGGUGGUAGUGUGGAUUUGGAGGUGGUGUUGUCGCCGGAGACAAUGGCGGAGCUGGAAUUGGACCCGGAGUUCAUGCAGUAUAUUUCAGGACAGUGGUGUUAAAUGGCAAUGUUGUUUUGUUUGUUUAUGUUUGUGAAGAUUUUUUUGUUAUGUGUUUUAACUGGUAUUAAGCAACCUCGUG